AUGGAGGUACUUAUGGCAGAACGGGCCAAUCUAGUCUUUCACAAUAACGUGAUAGGUGGAACUGCCAUUAAACGACUUAUUAGCAGAUUAAUAGACCAUUUCGGAAUGGCAUAUACAUCACACAUCCUGGAUCAAGUAAAGACUCUGGGGUUCCGUCAAGCUACUGCUACAUCUAUUUCAUUAGGAAUUGAUGAUCUUUUAACAAUACCUUCUAAAGGAUGGCUAGUCCAAGAUGCUGAACAACAAAGUUCUAUUUUGGAAAAACAUAAUCAUUAUGGGAAUGUACAUGCGGUAGAAAAAUUACGCCAAUCCAUUGAAAUAUGGUAUGCUACAAGCGAAUAUUUGCGACAAGAAAUGAAUCCUAAUUUUAGGAUGACUGACCCCUUUAAUCCAGUCCAUAUAAUGUCUUUUUCAGGAGCUAGAGGAAAUGCAUCUCAAGUGCACCAAUUAGUCGGAAUGAGAGGAUUAAUGUCAGAUCCACAAGGACAAAUGAUUGAUUUACCCAUUCAAAGCAAUUUACGGGAAGGACUGUCUUUAACAGAAUAUAUAAUUUCUUGCUACGGAGCCCGUAAAGGGGUUGUGGAUACUGCUGUACGAACAUCAGAUGCUGGAUAUCUUACACGUCGACUUGUUGAAGUGGUUCAACACAUUGUUGUACGUCGAACAGAUUGCGGUACGAUUCGCGGGAUUUCUGUAAAUACCCGAAAUGGAAUGAUACCAGAAAGAAUUUUGAUACAAACAUUAAUUGGUCGUGUAGUAGCAGACGAUAUAUAUAUCGGUUCACGGUGCAUUGUCGUUAGAAAUCAAGAUAUUGGAAUUGGACUUAUCAAUCGAUUCAUAACUUUUCAAACACAACCAAUAUUUAUUCGAACCCCCUUUACCUGUAGGAAUACGUCUUGGAUCUGCCGAUUGUGUUAUGGGCGGAGUCCUAUUCAUGGGGACCUGGUAGAAUUGGGAGAAGCUGUAGGUAUUAUUGCUGGUCAAUCUAUUGGCGAACCGGGAACUCAACUAACAUUAAGAACUUUUCAUACUGGUGGAGUAUUCACAGGGGGUACUGCGGAAUAUGCGCGAGCCCCCUCGAAUGGAAAAAUAAAAUUUAAUGAAGAUUUAGUUCACCCUACACGUACACGUCAUGGAUAUCCUGCUUUUAUAUGUAAUAUAGACUUGUAUGUAACUGUUGAAAGUGACGAUAUUAUACAUAACGUGAUUAUUCCACCAAAAAGUUUUCUAUUAGUUCAAAAUGAUCAAUAUGUAAAAUCAGAACAAGUGAUUGCUGAGAUCCGCGCGGGAACAUCUACUUUUAAUUUGAAAGAAAGGGUUCGAAAACAUAUUUAUUCUGACUCAGAAGGGGAAAUGCAUUGGAGUACCGAUGUGUACCAUGCAUCCGAAUUUUUGUAUAGUAAUGUACAUAUCUUACCAAAAACAAGUCAUUUAUGGAUCUUAUCAGGAAAGUCGUGCAGGUCUGAUACAAUCCAUUUUUUACUUCGCAAGGAUCAAGAUCAAAUUAACAUUGAUUCUCUUUCUACUGGAAAAAGAAAUAUUUCUAAUCUUUUAGUAAGUAAUGAUGAAGUAAAACUAUGUACGGAUCAUUCUCAUUUAAUGUAUCCUGCUAUUUUUCACGAUACUUUUUAUUUAUUGGCCAAAAGACGAAGAAAUCGAUUUCUUAUUCCAUUCCAAUCGAUUCAAGAACGAAAGAACGAACUAAUGCGCCCUUUUGGUGUUUCCAUUGAAAUACCUAUCAAUGGUAUUUUUCAUAGAAAUAGUAUUUUUGCUUAUUUCGAUGAUCCUCAAUACAGAAGACAGAAUUCAGGAAUUACUAAAUAUAGAACUGUAGGAAUUCAUUCCGUUUUUCAAAAAGAAGAUUUCAUUGAGUAUCGAGGAAUCAAAGAAUUAAAGCCAAAAUACCAAAUCAAAGUAGAUCGAUUUUUUUUUAUUCCCGAAGAAGUGCAUAUUUUACCCGAAUCUUCUUCCAUAAUGGUACGGAAUAAUAGUCUCGUUGGAAUAGGAACACCAAUCACUUUCAAUAUAAGAAGUCGAGUAGGCGGAUUGGUCCGAUUAGAAAAGAAAAAAAAAAAAAUCGAAUUAAAAUUAUUUUCUGGAAAUAUCCAUUUUCCCGGAGAGAGGGAUAAGAUAUCCCGACACAGUUCUAUCUUGAUACCACCCGGAACGGUAAAAAAAAAACGGAAGGAAUCAAAAAAAAUUAAUAAUUGGAUCUAUGUCCAAUGGAUCGCAACUACCAAGAAAAAGUAUUUUGUUUUGGUUCGACCUGUAAUUUUAUAUGAAAUACCGGACAGUAUCGAUUUUAUAAAACUUUUUCCCCAAGAUCUAUUCCAGGAAAGGGAUAAUCUGGAACUCAAAGUUGUCAAUUAUAUUCUUUAUGGAAAUGGAAAAUCCAUUCGGGGAAUUUCCGACACAAGGAUUCAAUUAGUUCGGACUUGUUUAGUCUUGAAUUGGGAUCAAGGCAAAAAAAGUCCUUCUAUUGAGGAGGCCCCCUCUUCCUUUGUUGAAGUAAGUACAAACGGUUUGAUUGAGUAUUUUCUAAGAAUUGACUUAGUAAAAUCGAAUACUGCAUAUAUCAGAAAAAGAAAUGACCCAUCUGGUUUAGGAUUGAUCGCGGAUAAUGAAUCGGAUCGGAUCAAUAUCAAUCCAUUUUUUUCCAUUCAUUACAAGGCAAAAAUUAAAAAAUCACUUAGCCAAAAUCACGGAACUAUUCGUAUGUUGUUGAAUAGAAAUAAGGAAUGCCGAUCUUGGAUAAUUUUGUCAUCAUCUAAUUGUUUUCAAAUAAGACCAUUCAACAAUGUUAAAUAUCACAAUGGGAUAAAAAAAAAUCCUAAAAUUCCAAUUAAUAAUAAUAAUUCAUUAGGUCCUUUAGGAAUAGCCCGUCAAGUUGGAAAUUUUUAUUCACUUUACCAUUUAAUAACUCAUAAUCAAAUAUCAAUAAUGAAAAAUUUCCAACUUGACAAAAUAACGGAAAUUUUUCAAGUAAUUAAAUAUUAUUUAAUGGACGAAAAUGAUAAAAUUUUUAAACCCGAUCUAGACAGUAAUAUCGUUUUGAAUCCAUUCCAUUUGAAUUGGUAUUUUCUCCAUCAUUAUUAUUGUGAAAAAACGUUUACAAUAAUUAGUCUUGGACAAUUUAUUUGUGAAAAUAUAUGUAUAGCUAAAAUGAAAAAUGGACCACAUCUAAAACUAAAAUCGGGUCAAGUUAUAACUGUUCAAAUGGAUUCUGUAAUAAUAAGAUCGGCUAACCCAUAUUUGGCGACUCCAGAAGCAACCAUUCAUGGCCAUUAUGGAGAAAUCCUUUAUCAAGGAGAUAUUUUAGUUACAUUCAUAUAUGAAAAAUCGAGAUCCAGUGAUAUAACACAAGGUCUUCCAAAAGUGGAACAGAUAUUAGAAAUACGUUCGAUUGAUUCAAUAUCGAUGAAUCUCGAAAAAAGAAUUGAUGCUUGGAAUGAGUGUAUAACAAGAAUUCUCGGCAUUCCUUGGGGAUUCUUGAUUGGUGCUGAGCUAACUAUAGCGCAAAGUCGUAUUUCUUUGGUUAAUAAAAUCCAAAAGGUUUAUCGAUCCCAGGGAGUACACAUCCAUAAUAGACAUAUCGAAAUUAUUGUGCGUCAAAUAACAUCCAAAGUCUUGGUUUCAGAAGAUGGAAUGUCUAAUGUAUUUUUACCCGGUGAAUUAAUUGGAUUAUUGCGAGCAGAACGAACUGGGCGUGCCUUGGAAGAAGCAAUUUGUUACCGAGCUUUAUUAUUGGGAAUAACAAAAACAUCUCUGAAUACUCAAAGUUUCAUAUCCGAAGCGAGUUUUCAAGAAACUGCUAGAGUUUUAGCAAAAGCCGCUCUUCGGGGUCGUAUUGAUUGGUUGAAAGGUCUUAAAGAGAAUGUUGUUUUAGGGGGAAUGAUACCCGUUGGUACCGGAUUCAAAAGAAUAAUGCACCGUUCACGGUCAAGGCAAUAUAACAAAAUUACCUUGAAAAAAAAAAAAUUAUUCGAAGUAGAAAUUCGAAAUCUUUUGUUCCAUCACAGAAAUUUAUUUGAUUCUUUUCAUUUCAAAUAA